AGACAGCAUAAGCAGAUCACAUGAGUAAUGAGCUCGUCGGGAACAGGCCGCUGUGACUGGUGGUGCUUGCCGCGAAACGUCUUGCUAAAUGCCGAAGGUUGUGCGAAUAGUUUAUGCUAGUAGUGAAAGUACUUCUUUGGAGCAGUGUUGUGCUAUUUGAUCGACGCGCUAAGCAGGUGGUGCAAGUACGGUGUAAAUAAUUGUUUGCUGAAGAUUUCCUAGUACCUCAGUAGCAUGGAUCCUGGUGAACAUGAGGAGGGCCGUGUCCUGUACAGCCCCGAAAAGGGUUCGAAAAUCGUGCAGAAUGUAAACGCCAUAAACGUUCGCAAGGACAGCCGAUGGACGUUUUGGUUGAUCACAGCCGGUAUUGCAACCACCUUCGGCGCCGCCGUUCCGACCGGGUACAAUAUAGGCGUUAUCAAUGCGCCGGCUAACUUUAUCAAAAGCUGGUGCAAUGAGACGAUAUACGAAACGUACGGAACCGUCUUCACCGAGGGAAACCUUGAGACGUUCUGGUCCGCCGUGGUAUCCAUUUUUCUGAUCGGUGGCGUGAUAGGUUCAUUGGGUGGAGCGUGGGUGGCGGACAGGUUGGGAAGGAAACGUUCAUUUCUCCUGUGUGGAUUCCUCCUGGUGUUGGGCGGACUGUGCUUCCAGUUCUGCAAAGCCAUCGGUUCCGUCGAGCUGCUCAUGAUUGGACGCAUAGUGGUUGGUCUGGCGGCCGGCUUAACGACGAGCACGGUUCCAAUGUACCUCACCGAACUGGCCCCGCUGGGACUGCGCGGUGCGCUCGGUGUGUUCUGCUCCAUGGGCGUCACAGGGGGCGUCGUGGUCGGGCAGGUGAUGAGCCUUGAGGAAGUGUUCGGUACCGAUGACCACUGGCAGUUUGCGCUUAGCUUCUACGUCAUUCUGGUGGUGAUGUUCUUCGUGCCGUACCACUGGUUACCGGAAAGCCCGAAGUAUCUCUUCGUCAUCCGGCGGCGGCAUGAUGAGGCCGUGAAUGAACUGAAGCGUGUGGCGGGCCGGAAGGUACGCGACGAGUACGUCCGGCAGCAGAUCGAUGCAAUGCGGAGGGAGUGCACACCGGAGAACGAAGAGGAAAGCGUAGGAGACGGCGAAAGGCGAGAAGAGAAGGCAAAAGAGCGAUCAAUCAUUUCGGUUCUGAAGGACCGCACACUGCUGCUUCCUCUUGUGCUCGUGUGCGCUCUACAAGGUGGCCAACAAUUGUCCGGUAUCAAUGCUGUAUUUUUCUACUCCGUCUCAAUUUUCGAAUCCGUUGGGCUCAGCUCAACGGAUGCAAAGUUUGCGAACCUGGGUGCCGGUUGCCUCAACCUCUUCGUUGCCUUCUUCAGCCCCGUCCUGAUGGCGAAGUUCACGCGUCGUUUCCUGGCACUGCUCUCCUGCUCAAUGUGUGCAAUAUUUCUGUUCUGUUUAACUUUCAUCGUAUAUUUUAUUGACGACGUAGAAUGGUUCUCCUACGCCAGCAUUGUCGCUAUUUUACUCUACAUACUCUUUUACCAGAUUGGGCUUGGGCCGAUUCCAUACUUCAUUGGUUCUGAACUAUUCGAAGUUGGACCACGACCGGCGGCAAUGGCCCUGGGCAGCUUAGCUUCGUGGGGAUGCAAUUUUAUUGUGGCGAUGCUUUUUACCACGCUCCAGAGUGCCUGGGGUGCGUUCGUGUUUCUCCCGUUUACCGUCACGUGCGUCGCGCUUACAUUACUACUGAGAACCUACCUGCCCGAAACCCGGGGCAAAAACAUCUCUCAAAUCGUACCUCUCGUCGCUAAAGGAUUUAGCUCGAAACCGCUUGUGCCUUAGCAGUAGUGGCAAACCGCAACAGCAGCAACAGCAAUGACAAACAAGCAACGAAGGCUACUCGGGAAAAUCUUGUGAUUCAUUUGAAAUUGCUCAAAAUGUCUUGUUAGUGAGGGAGAAAAAUGCUAGAGAAGAAGAAAAAAACCAGAAACACAAAACAAAGUGGCUUAAACGUAAACUUAAUUUUAGCCUAUGUUAAAAGUACUUAGAUUUAAGGUGAAUUGUAUUUUCAAUAAGGAAGAUAUGCAACCGGAUUGUGCGCAAAUUAAAAACGAAUAAAUUGCA